AUGUGCUCAGGACCUGCACCGAGGGGUAAUUCCCUUCACGUGCUCAGGACCUGCACCGAGGGGUUAUGUCAUGUGCUGUUAAAAGAUCAUAAUCUGACGACUCGACAGCCUUUACACCAGCUUCUGCAAAAGAAACCGUCUCUUCCAUCUGCAGCAUGGCAUCGUGCAGUAAGAGGCAUGUUUAUUCAAACUCAAGACACACCAAAUCCAAAUAGCUUGAAGUUUAUUCCAGGAAGGGAAGUGCUGGAGUCGAGGACUAUGGAGUUUUCCACACCGGCUUCAGCCUAUUGCUCACCUUUAGCAAGACAGUUAUUCCGGAUUGAAGGAGUUAAAAGUGUUUUCUUUGGGCCAGACUUCAUCACAAUCACCAAGGAGAGUGAAGACCUGGACUGGAAUUUGCUGAAACCAGAUAUUUAUGCAACCAUAAUGGAUUUCUUUGCCUCUGGCUUACCUGUAGUUACUGACGAGGCACCUAGGACAGAUACAGCUGCUUCCGAAGAAGAUGAUGAAGUUGUACUGAUGAUUAAGGAGCUGCUGGAUACAAGAAUCAGGCCCACCGUGCAAGAAGAUGGUGGUGAUGUUAUUUACAAAGGCUUUGAGGAUGGGAUUGUGCAGCUGAAGCUGCAGGGGUCGUGCACCAGCUGCCCCAGCUCCAUCAUCACCCUCAAGAACGGGAUACAGAACAUGCUCCAGUUCUACAUCCCUGAGGUGGAAGGCGUUGAGCAGGUUGUUGACGAUGAUGAUGACGUGGAGAAAGAAGCAAAUUCUACUUGAGCUUCGUCAUCUGUGGCCAAAUAAACAUUUAACUCCUGGUAUAUGUAAACCAUCUUUGUGCUGAGGAACAACCAAAUCUGCCUUGUCAGAAAAAUAGCUGUACUUACUGUGAGAAUGUACCAUCAGUUCAAGCAGUUCAUCCACUAAUUUAUUAAAUGCCCUGUAUUACAGAAAAAUUCUUUUACUCUACUCUGUGCUAUGUCUUUAGAAAGAAAUGGUGGGCUCAGAAAACA